AUGACCAUUAUGACUGAGGGUCUCUUGACCAUGACUGUUGUGAUUGAGAAAGUUGUGACUGAGAGAUGUAUUAAAGCUUUUGACCUGACCGAUCCUUCUUGUCCCAAACGUGAAAUCAUCGAGCCUUCUUCCUGCCCUAUGGACCUGGACACAACAAAAGAAUUUAUGAGAUCUAAUAUAUUUUGGAGAUGCUUAACUUUUCUUGUGGAAUCCUCAGGGGAUCUUUUGUUCGUUGUCAGGUUUAGUGAUAUUGAAAUUGGUGAUGAAGUGGAUGAAGAUGAUGACCUUGAAGAAAAGGAUUGGGUUAAUGAAGAUUACAUCCCACCAUUUUAUCCGUCAGUGAAUUUUGAUGUUUAUAAGCUGAAUUUUGAUCAAAAUAAGUGGGAGCGUGUGGACUGCAUCAGUGAUAGGGCAUUGUUUGUUGGUCGUAAUCACUCAUUUUCUCUCUCAACUAGUGACUAUCCAGAGCUGAGGGAGAAUUCCAUAUACUUCACUGUCAAUUAUCAAGAUUGCGACCAUGUCAGUCACGAUAGUGGCAUUUUUCACUUGAAAGAUAAAAGCAUCACACCUUACUGUCCACUCACUUUUAAAAGCAGUAAACUACGGUCGAUUACAGUACCGGAGGAACACCAGCCGGCUUGGGUUCCCGUUUGGGUUGCCCCCGACAAGUUGUAG